CGCCACUCUUUUAACAGUUUUGGGUAUAAAUUCCCUUCACCUUUUGCAGGAAAAAAAAACAACAAGCAGGACUGAAGCUUUGUUUUAAUUUUUUGUUACUAUUCUGUUCGUGUCUGAGGAAACAGGAAAUGGGUGGAGAAAUUUCUCAAGAGGAAAUGCAACCUAGCCUGGACCAGUAUGCAAACUCUUUCUUCCAGUCUACACAGUGGAAUGGGUUUGAAAUCGACAUGUCCCUGGAGAGGUUUUCUGGCUACAACUCUACUGCAGAGCUGAAUUCUUACAGAAACCAAGUCUUAUACACUGGUGGAGAAACCAAUAUACCAGCUAUUGUGGAGAAACUGGGUAGUCAAGUGGGAGGAUUCGGCCCAGUGGCGAACGCUGUUGGAUUGGGGGCCCUCGUCAUUUCCUUGUUAAUAGAGAACGUGGCUGAAUCCAUGGGGAAACCAACAAUGGGUACAGCUGAUAUACUUCGAAGAGUUUUUGCUGAGGAGAAAGGCAAUGAGGUGCGAGAUCUCAUGGAUGAAUAUAUGAAGCGUAUGAUACUCUACUUGAGGCAACAGCAGGACCUGAUUUUUCACACCCAGCAGCUACAAUCUCAACUUAGCACCCAGCUCACAAGAUUACGGAACUCCAUGCUGAAGGAUAACCAGAUGAGCACUCGGCUUCUUAACCAAUGGGUGAACAGAGCUGCCUUUCACACCCAGAUGUUGAUCCAUCUGGCUCGGUUAGAGAGGUCAGACGGAACCGUAGCAGUUAGAGCAGCUGAUAUUUACAACAAAGACGUCAACCGUCUUCUGGAGAAAUACCAGAGUUACCUAAUUGAUAAUCUUGAAGGAAAAUAUUAUACUCCCGUAUUUACCAACUUGGCAAUUUGUUGCUUUUUCUUUGAAGAGAACAAAAGGAGAGCGCUGCUGACAUUUCUGUUGGAGGCCGUGGCAGAGAAUGAAGACUGA